GCUCCGGCGCAGGCGCACAGGGGACGGUCGCUGGCCUAGGUGAGCGGAAGCGUCUCUGGGACUGCGCUGCCUCCCAGAGGCGGUUCCCGUAAAGCCAGCGAGGCCCUGCGGGCCAGCGGGGAAGGAGGCGUGGAUAUGGAGCCGGCGGUUGCCAAGCCCCGGGCCCGCUCCGCUGCCUAGCGCGUCCCGGGGGCUCCGUGGGGACGCGCCUGCCGCCGGGCUCGGGGACCCGUAGAGCCCCGCGCUGCGCGGAUGGCCCUGCUCCCGCGCCCCGCGCUCAUCCUCCUGCUGCUCCUCGCGGCCGCUGUUGUCAGGUGCCAGGAGCAGGCCCAGACCACCGACUGGAGGGCCACCUUGAAGACCAUCCGGAACGGCGUUCACAAGAUAGACACGUACCUGAACGCCGCCUUGGACCUCCUGGGAGGCGAGGACGGUCUCUGCCAGUAUAAAUGCAGUGACGGAUCUAAGCCUUUCCCACGUUAUGGUUAUAAACCCUCCCCACCGAAUGGAUGUGGCUCUCCACUGUUUGGUGUUCAUCUUAACAUUGGUAUCCCUUCCCUGACAAAAUGCUGCAACCAACAUGACAGGUGCUAUGAGACCUGUGGCAAAAGCAAGAAUGACUGCGACGAGGAGUUCCAGUACUGCCUCUCCAAGAUCUGCCGAGAUGUACAGAAAACACUAGGACUAACUCAGCAUGUUCAGGCCUGUGAAACAACAGUGGAGCUCUUGUUUGACAGUGUUAUACAUUUAGGUUGUAAACCAUAUCUGGACAGCCAGCGAGCCGCAUGCAGGUGUCAUUAUGAAGAAAAAACCGAUCUUUAGGAGAUGCUGACAGCUGGUGAUGGAAGAAGACCAAAGAACAUAACCUUUGACAAAUAACUAAUGUUUUUACGACAUAAAACUCUCUUAUUUUUGUGAAAGGAUUAUUUUGAGACCUUAAAAUAACUUAUAUCUUGAUCUUAAAACCUCAAAGAAAAAAAGGGAGAUAAUAAGGGGAGGGCACGCUUGUCUUCUCAGGUAUCUUCCUGGAGACUGCUCCCUUAGUAUGCCAAACGUCUUGACCAGUGUCAAAAACAAGUGUUCAUUAAAGGGAGAAUUUUUGAAAAGAAGAGUAUAUAACUCAGUUUUGCACACCUAUAUUUACCAAAAACAGAUCAAAUGUAAAACUCAUUAUAAGGUCUGUUCAACAUUAUCUUAUUUGGAAAUAUGGGAAAAGCAUCACUUACAAGUAUUUGUUUACUACGAAAUUUUAAAUACACAUUUAAGCCUAGAAGGAA